CACACAAUAAAUCUGAAAAUCAGUAUGGAGUUAUGGAGACCAUUGAACAGAAUAACCAAUCUCUUUGUAUUUACUCUAUUUCAUCGUGUCUACUUCUCACAAUUAUUUAUGUUUCAAGUUUUUAUAUAUGGAAUUCACCACUUAGCAGGGAUCACUCUAAUGUGAUUAAAAAGAGAUUUUUCAGUGGAUUUAUUAUGACUUUGAUAUCACCAGGAUUUUUAUAUUUUGGAAUGAGCAAUAAAGUAUUAGAAAAGACUACUAUAUGGGAAUUAUUAGGUUUACGAUGGUCAGGAUUACUCCAAGCAACGUUUAUACCUCUGUUCCUGACAAUGAUUUUAUUUCUAGGCCCACUGAGUAUGCAAGGGUUCAAUGGGGAAUGGAAGUUGUAUGCUGAACUUCCAUAUUGGAUUGAAAACACCAAAAGCUUAAUUUGGUGGAGAAAUCAAAUAGUUGCACCAUUCAGUGAAGAAUGGACUUUUAGAGCAUGCAUGAUGCCAUUAUUUUUACAAUGUUUUCAUCCUUACAUUGCUAUUUUUAUUUGCCCUCUAUUUUUUGGAGUUGCACACUUUCAUCAUGUUUUUGAAUUGACGAAAAUGGGUGUUGAAUUAAAACAUGCUAUCAUUGUAUCAGUUUUCCAAUUUAUGUAUACAACGUUGUUUGGAGCUUACGCAGCCUUUUUAUUUGUUAAAACAGGACAUUUCAUUGCUCCAUUUGCUGCUCAUUCAUUUUGUAAUCAUAUGGGAUUUCCGGAUCUUUCGGAAGUCAGAGCCUAUAAAGAUCCCUUAAAAAAAGCAGGGAUUCUUUGUCUCUUUGUUAUUGGUUUUGUUGCAUGGUAUUAUUUAUUAAUACCUUUAACUAAUCCUACAUGGUUUAGCAACAACCUUUUUUGGAGCAAACGUGUUUUAUAGUGAUUAUAACUGUUGAUAUAUUCAUCAAACUAAUAAUUUGACUGUUAUUUUUUAUAGAUUGAAAGUUACUUCUUAACAUUAUUCUAAAACAUUUAACUAAUUGAUAACUCUUGCAAUUAACCAAAUAAGAGUAUUUAGCAGAGUUCAUCGCAUUGCCUAAAUUUGUUUAUAAUCUGAAUUACUUUUUUUCAUAUAAAAGGUUUUACGACUAUUUAUAUUAUUAAUAUUCGUCAGAUAACAAAUUUUUCAGUACCAUAUGAGGCACUCUAUUUUGAAAUCAGUUAAAAAUUAUAGCCAUGAUUUACAUAAAUGAUUAUAUUCUAAGUUUCGAAACGACUGUAUACCAAAAUUAAACAUGAUACAUAUGAACACUUUGGUGUCUAGAUUUAGGACAAUUUUUUUAAUUAGUGACUUUUUAAAAAAAAAGAAAGUGCUAUAUUAUGACUGAAUUAAGAGAUUCACAAACUUAUAUUGAUAAUUAAUUAUGAAUCAUAUAAAAUGGAUCAGUGAUCAGGUUUAAUAGUCAAUUUUAAAAUAUAACGCCUCAUGAAAUAAAUGUACCAGUAACGAAGUAAUUAAGAACACCAUACAUUCAUAUAGUGCUGAAAGUUUGUUCGUCUUAAAAAAGUUCUUAAAAGUGUAGUGUGUUCAUUUACAAAUAAUGAUCAUGUUGUAUAAAAAGUAUAGUGUUUAUAUUUAUAGAAUUUUAUUGACUAUUGAAACAAUAAAUAAAUUUUAGAUUAGUAAUUUUUAUAAUACUACUUUAAAAGUAGAACAGAUUUUACUACUGGUACAUUUGCUUUACAUAGUGUUCAUGUAAAUAUAACAUAAUAAUCAAAUUUAAAUUGACUUAUUAUUCAUCAAUUUCAUAAAAUUUUUUAG